AUGACGAUGAUUUCAGAUCUUUCGAGGGAUUUGGUAGAGGAAAUACUCUCUAAGGUUCCAAUAACCUGUCUAAGAGCGGUGCGAUCUACUUGCAAAUUGUGGAAUGUUUUAUCUAAAGAUAGGGUUUUAUGUAAAACAGACAUAACGCAUCAGUUUAUUGGAUUUAUGGUGAAGGAGUAUAGGAUUUGUUCAAUGAGAUUCAGUCUCCAUGGUGUGGGUUCAUCUAUAAAAGAGAUAGGUAAUUUAUUUAAUCAAGCUGAGAUAUGUAAUAUCAUCCACUGCGACGGUUUGUUGCUAUGCGUCACCAAGGAAGACAAGACUAGGAGCCUCGUGGUUUGGAACCCAUAUUUAGGACAAACCAGAUGGAUCCAACCCAUUAAUAAUUACCACAGAUUUGAGUCAUCAGACAAAUAUGCUUUUGGAUACGACCACAAAAACCGUAACCACAAAAUCUUGAGAGUUUUUGAUGUUAACCGGUAUGAAAUCUAUGAUUUUAGCUCUAAUUCAUGGAGGAUUCUUGAUAUCAUUCCGGAUGAUGAUAUAUGGUCUCGUCAACGAGGUGCUUCUUUAAAAGGAAAUACUUAUUUUGUGGCUAAAGAAAAAACAUUAGUAGACGAGGAUGUAGUAGGAGAGGUAGAGAUAGACGAGCCUCAUAAUUUAUUACUAUGUUUUGAUUUCACAAGAGAGGGAUUCGGACCGUUUCUACCUUUGCCGUUUCUGCACUAUAAUGAGGAUAUCGGGACUCUGUCUACUCUUAGAGACGAGAAACUCGUGGUAUUAUAUCAGCGCAUGGUUUGUCCUGAGGUAGAGAUUUGGGUGACAACCAAUAUUGAGCCGGAUGCAGUGUCAUGGACCCCCUUUUUAAACAUUGACAUGCAACCACUCGACCGUGGUUUUCAGUUUGUCCUUUGCUCUGGCGCCAGCUUCUUUAUUGACGAGGAGAUGAAAAUCGCUGUGGUUUUCUAUAUAUACCGAGCGGAGAAAAUGGCCAAGACGCGCUCUUACCAUUCAGUUUGCAUCACUGGAGAGAAUGGAUAUUUGGAUAAUUUGGAUCUUGGAGAUGCUGUGUAUCGCCAUGUUCCUAUGCGAGAAAAUCCGUAUUGCUGCCCACUUGUGUGCUCUUAUGUUCCUAGUUUAGUGCAAAUCAACUAACUAGCUUUAGUUUUAUUACUUGCUUGCAUAUCCUCCAUUCCUUUUUUUUUCAAUGUCAUUAGUUCUGUUAAAAUAGUUAUUUUCCUUUAUAUCUUCAAUUUGACCGAAUGAAUGAAAAGAAUCAACCAAAAGCUAAAGAAUACGAAACAUUACAAACAUAUGCAACAAAGUGUGCUAGACAAAGACAAUAAUGUGGUGCUGUGUGGCAGCAGCUAAAGAGCUUACCUUCUUCAUUUGCAACGUGGUGGAGUGAAAAAACCACAUUGUUUACUGUCUUAGAUAUAAUCUUUAUGCUAUAAAAGAAGAGACCACAUUCAUAAGAAAGGGACCAUCUUUGCCUUGAAUUGUUUUUAGAUUUUAAAAGAGGCUUCUCCACACGCUGGUUCUCGUUUCUUCAACUGUUACAUUCUUAUGAAAUUAUUUGCGCAUAGGUUGAAGCUAUGGUGCUUCUUUAUCAUCGGAGAAGUGAUCGCCACCAUAUCUAUUGUAGGUAUAGUGUGAUGAUUAUAUGAGAUGUCGUUGGUUAUAUUUAUCAAAAAUCUAUAUAAAAACAUACAAAACUUGUUAGAGUAAUUUAAAAAGUCAACCGACAAUAAGUAAGGUUGGCUCAUAACUCCCUUUACAGAGUUAAUCUUCAGUCCAAAGACCUAUUUAGACACUUCACCAUAUCAAGAAUCAUGAACCUCUUUCUCACCAUCAGUUGACAUUCCAUUAGACGACAUAUACCUCAUAUAUACACAUCCUCGCCUUCAGCCAUUAGCGAUGUGGG